CCACUGCCACUGAGGAGCCGGCCCAGCUUCAGAGAGGAAGCGCUUCCUUCCCAUCCCUUGCCUUCUCAUCUCAGCUCCUGCGCUGCCUGAAAUCCACACACCUGCUCUCCUUUGAUGAUGUCUACUGAGCAAAUGCAGCCUCUGGAGCUCUCAGAAGACAGACUGGACAAGCUAGGCCCUCGCUGUGGCCACUUAGAUGAUCUUUCAGACCAGUUUAUUAAGGAUUGUGAUCUCAAAAAGAAGCCUAUAAAGGGGAAAAAUGUACAAGUCACCCUGAAUGUUGAGUCAGACCAGAAAAAACCAAGGAGAAAAGACACACCGGCCCUGCACGUCCCGCCUUUCAUACCAGAUGUCCUUUCAGAACAUUUAAUUACAAGAUACAAUGUCCAAGACAUGCAUCCAAAGGGCAAAAUGAGUCCAGUUCUUCAUAACACUGACCUGGAACAGAAAAAGCCAAAGAGAAAAGACACACCUGCCCUGCACGUGUCCCCCUUUGCAGCAGGUGUGACACUGCUCCGGGAUGAGAGACCCAAAGUGAUCACGGAAGAUGAUGAAAAAGAUGGUGACAAGAUAGCUAUUUAAAGACAUAUCCCCUGAGACCACUUGUAAAUAGGAAGAAGAGGUUGCAAGAGAGACUUGAGAGUUGUCAUGUUUGUUUUUAACUCACAGAGAUUUUAAAAUGUUUCAACCAACCAUUAAUAUUUAAUAAUCCAAUCAGGAGAAUUUACAUAAAAUCCUAGAUUUCCAGAUUAUCUUGAAAAAACACCUCAAGAUCUGGCUACCUGAGCCUGAUUUAGAAGCGAAGUGACUGCCAGUGGGUGCUAAGCACCAGUCCUUUUAGGAGAAAAUACAUUCUCCAUCUCACUGUCUGCCCCACCAGGUGUAUUUCUCUCUCUGAC